CCUUGGAAGCUUUAAAUCUCAAUAAAUAUAUCUGCUCUUUCUUGUCGCAUCGCUAUUCCCUAGGUAUUGUCCGCUGACUUGAGUUGUAUUUCCCUGCCGAACAUGGUCUUCGUUCCGCCGUCAUGGGUGCCGCAACUGCCCUUCGACCCGCCAGACUCGAUUCCCAUCUGCGAUUUUAUGCUGGAUGAGAGAUUCGGCAGACAUCCGCUGGGAUACUCGCAGAAUCCGUUCACCUGCGGCUUGACUGGCAAGACGUAUACGAGCUUGGAAGUCAAGGAACGCGUGGACUGGCUCGCACGCGGACUGGCAAAGGAGUUUGGGUUCCAGCCCAACAACGGCUCCGAGUGGGACAAGGUCAUUGCUGUCUUCUCAGUAAACACCGUGGACACACUGCCUUUAGCAUGGGCGACGCACCGCCUGGGAGGCAUUCAGUCGCCUGCAAAUGCCGCGUAUAGCACCGAGGAGCUCGUGUACCAAUUGAAGAACUCGGGCGCAAAGGCGCUUUUCACCUGCAUCCCAUUGCUCGAGACUGCGCGUGCUGCAGCCAAACAGAGCGGCAUCCCCGACAGUCGCAUAUACCUUCUCGAGCUACCCAGCCAGGCUACUGGUGGGAAGAGCAACCCUGAUGGCAUGAAGACCGUGGACGACUUCGUCCGCGAAGGCAAGGAGCUCGACCGUCUGGAACCAUUGAAUUGGGCAUCUGGCGACGGCGCGAAGAAGACUGCCUUCCUCUGCUACUCGAGUGGCACAUCUGGACUGCCCAAGGGCGUCAUGAUUUCGCAUCGGAACGUGAUCGCAAACACUAUGCAAAUCAGCACAUUCGAGAAGCCCUACAGAGAUACGAUGAUUAAUGACCUCCGGAACCAGACCGACUACACUGAAAACGUGCUCGGAUUGCUUCCCAUGUCGCAUAUCUACGGUUUGGUUGUCAUUUGCCAUUCAAGCGUCUACCGAGGAGACGGUGUCAUUGUCCUGCCCAAGUUUGAAUUCGCAUCCACACUGCAGGCAAUCCAAGACUACAAAAUCAACACACUGUUCUUGGUUCCGCCUAUCAUCAUUCUGAUGACAAAGAACCAGCAACUGCUUGCAAAGUACGACCUGAGCUCUGUGUGGUCGCUGUUUACGGGUGCGGCGCCGCUUGGACAGGAGACAGCGGAGGACUUGCAGAAAAUAUUCCCUUCUUGGAAGAUUCGUCAAGGAUACGGGCUGACCGAGACGUGUACCGUGGUCUGCUCCACGUCCCCUGACGAUAUCUGGUUCGGGUCUUCUGGUUCGCUUCUACCUAGCAUCGAAUGCAAGAUCGUGACGACUGAAGGCGUUGAGAUUACUGGCUACGAUCAGCCCGGCGAGCUUUUGGUUAAGUCGCCUGCUGUCGUACUGGGCUAUCUCAACAACGACAAAGCCAACACCGAGACCUUCCAGGAUGGAUACAUGCGGACUGGCGACGAGGCCGUGAUCCGCAAGUCGCCCGCGGGCCACGAACACGUCUUCAUUGUCGACCGCAUCAAGGAAUUGAUCAAGGUCAAGGGCCAUCAAGUCGCACCAGCAGAACUCGAGGCACAUCUCCUUACUCACCCAGCCGUCGCCGACUGUGCUGUCAUUCAGAUUCCCGAUGAGAAGUCUGGUGAAGUACCCAAGGCUUUCGUUGUCAAGUCAUCGAGCGUCGGCAUCGAGGAGAACGACCGCGUGAUUGCACGUGAGAUUCAGAAGCACGUCGAGAAGACCAAGGCACAUUACAAAUGGAUCGUGGGUGGCGUCGAAUUCAUCGAUGAGAUUCCAAAGUCGCCGUCGGGCAAGAUUCUGAGGCGGUUCUUGAGAGACAAGGAGAAGGAGAAGCGCAGGAAGGCUGGCAGCAAGUUAAACCGCGAAAUGGCAGCGCCAAAUUCAAACCCGCCCCACCAAGAGGAAGAGGUCGACAUCGACUACCACGAUGAAGACAACACGCUAGACGCAGAGGAGGCGGACGAAAUCAUCGAAGAUGACGGCGACGUCCCCAUGGACUCAGAUGACGAGGAAGGUGGUCAAGACAUGCAAAUGGAGAUUGAGAUACAAAACGACUCAAUCGCCCACUUCGACGAGCACAAGGACAGCAUUUUCUGCAUAGCGCAACACCCGGUGAACCAGGAAAUCGUGGCUACCGGCGGCGGCGACGACGUCGGCUACAUCAUCGACCUCUCCACUGCAACGGCAGCGGCAGCACAGCCAAGCGAAGACGGCGCGCAAGUCGAGCGAGAAGGACUGAAGAGCGUAUUCAAGCUAGACGGACACAAGGACUCGAUCAACAGCAUUACCUUCUCGUUACCCAAAGGCCAAUUCGUCGCAACAGCGGGCCUGGACGGCAAGCUGCGCGUCUGGCAGGGCGUCCCCGACGGCAAGAAGUGGAAAUACCUCGCCGAAGCCCAAGAAGUCGAGGAGAUCAACUGGCUCGUCGCCAACCCUUCGCCCGACCACCCCAACGUCGUCGCCCUCGGCGCAAACGACGGCUCCGUCUGGGUCUACCAGCUCAACACGGAAAAGGGCAACGAGCUGCAGGUCCUGCAGGCAUACUACCUCCACACCGAGUCGUGUACGGGCGGCGCAUGGUCGGCCGACGGCUCGCUGCUCGCCACCAUCUCCGAAGACUCGAGUCUCUACGUGUGGGACGUGUUCGGCGACGCAGCAUCCCAGGGCCUCACAUCGACUUCCGACGCGCAGUACGUCGUCGGCCUCAACGGGCUCGACGAGCGCUUCCGCGUCGAGGGCGGCUUGUACUCCGUCGCCAUCCCACCUACCGGCGCCUUCGUCGCAGUCGGCGGCCCCGAGGGCCAAAUCCGCAUCAUCGGGCUCCCGCGCCUCUCCCUCACAGCGCCCGCAGAAGCAUCGACGUCCUCGGGCGGCGGCGGCGCGAAGAACAAGGCUGGUGGUGGGAAACAAGUUGCUGCAAAGGGCGGCGCGUCGUCGGCGGGUCAGUCAGGCCAGAUCCUCGCGAGUUUGCAGGCGGGCAGUGAUAAUGUCGAGUGUAUAUCCUUCUCCUCUGCGCCGCUGACGCUCAUGGCGGCCGGGAAUGUGGACGGCUCGAUUACGCUGUUCGACACUGCCCAUCGCUUUGCGGUCAGGCGGCGCAUCGAAGACGCGCAUGCCGACGAGGACUCGCCGCAGGCUGUUGUCAAGCUCGAGUUUGUGCGCAAGGAAGGGCCGGGUGGGUGGUUGUUGACAAGUGCGGGAUACGACGGCGUGCUGAGGCGGUGGGACACGAGGGGUGGAACGGCGGCGGCAGCGAGGGGGCUUGUGGGCGAGUGGAAGGGACACAGGGGUGGAGGUGAAGGUGGUGGUAUCAUGGGUUUCGUACAGGGGAAUGGAGAGACGGUUGUCACGGCGGGAGACGACCAUGUCGCGCUAGUUUUCAAGACGCCGUUGACGCAGUAG